GGAUGAACGUUAUAGGGAUUUUCGUUUUUGGCUUAUCGGCGAUUUCUGUGGCAGUUUGUAUGACCACACCUCCACCAGUGUCAAUCUCAUGGCCAUGGGGGGACUGGAAACCAACCGGAUCGACACCUACAACAAUAAGAGGAAUCCAACCCGAAACAUCUGCGUCGCCGAUCCAGCGUGGUAACCGUUCAAGCACGGUGGGCAGGCAGACCGAAGCAGCACAUAAUUCCGGAAUCACGGCCGUGGUGGGACUGGAAUGCAAACGGAUCGAUACCUGAAAAUACAACAGUUAUUGAGGACGGCCGAAGGUCUAUUGCUACAACGGAAUCAGAAUUAACUUGGGAAUCUACUCAUGAACUCCAUAAAUUUCGUGAUCCGGAUUAUGUAUCAUCAUCAACAAAGUAUAAUGCGACGAAUUUUUAUGAGAGAGCGAUGUGCAAGAAAUCACAGGCUGAAAAAAUUCUAAACGCUACUCUGAGUUCUAUUGACGCAGCAUUAAUAUCGGAUAUUAGAAUGUUUGAUAAAAUGCGUAACAUUAAGAUCGAUGAAGCUAAACAGGUAGCUGAUGCUGAGAAAAAACGCUUGGAGAAGAUACUUUGGCACGUUAUUCAAAAUAUUAAAGCUGAAUGUGACAAUGGAGAUAAAGAGUAAGUAAACUCAUUCAGGCUCGAGAGAAUGUCAAUUGUGUCAUGUGAGAGAAAAAAUCAAAUCAGCAUUAAUUGAUAUGCAUAACCAGAAAGAUCAAAAAUAACAUUUUUUUUCAAACUCCUCUAAGCAACUUUACUCAUCGUAUAAUUUCCUAAAAAUCCGCUAGAUGGCAGUGAACCAUUAUCUAAAUUCUGUAUCGCGGUGAUAAGAUUUUUCCUCAAAUGGUGACUAU